AUGGCUCCUUCAACGCAAUUCGAAGUGUCACAGCCGCCCAGUGACGCUAUCUCGGCCGUGAUCUUCGCCCCCGAUAACACCAACCGCCUGCUCGUUUCUUCAUGGGAUAGGAACGUCUAUCUUUACGAAAUCGCCGAAGGAACCGAAGAUGCCACCCUAAUCAACAAGUUCGAGCACCGUGCUCCCGUCCUUGAUGUCUGCUUUGGCGCGAAUGGAAAUGAGGCCUACACGGCGAGUCUGGACUGCUCAGUCAAGAGAAUCGACCUGGCCACAGGAGAGCAGACCGUGCUAAGCACGCACGAAAAGCCCGUCCGAUGCGUCGUCUACAGCCCUCAACACUCCAUGCUCAUUUCCGCCUCGUGGGAUCACACUCUCCACGUCCAUAACACCUCCGCGCCGGCCUCGACCCCGAUCACCAUCUCGCUUCCAGGCAAGCCGCACGCCCUCGCCGCCAGCCCCUCCAAAGUUGUCGUCGCCAUGACCGCACGACUAGUACACAUCUACGACCUACCCACGCUCGCCACGGCGCUCUCGUCAGCCGACCCUGCCUCGGCGAACAUCACCCCCUGGCAACAGCGCGAGUCUUCGCUCAAGUUUCUCACGCGCGCCGUGGCCUGCAUGCCCAACGACGCUGGCUACGCCACCAGCUCGAUUGAGGGCCGCGUCGCGGUUGAGUGGUUCGAGGACACGGCCGAGUCGCAGGCGCGCAAAUACGCCUUCAAGUGCCACCGGCAGACGGCGCCCGAGGAGGAGGGUGGCGGCGACGUGGUCUAUCCCGUCAACGCGCUGACAUUCCACCCCGUGUACGGCACGUUUGCUUCGGGCGGCGGCGACGGCACCGUGGCGUUGUGGGACGCCGAGGCCAAGCGCAGGAUGAGACAGUAUCAAAAGUUCCCUGACAGCGUCGCGGCGCUGGCCUUCUCGAAUAAUGGCAAGUAUCUUGCCAUUGGUGUGUGUCGCGGGUUUGAGACCGAUAUGGAGGACUUUAAUAGCGAGGGGAGGACGAAGGUGUUCAUUAGGGAGUUGGGUGAGACCGAGGCCAAGGGCAAGGGCCCCAAGUGAGACUCGGAUCUCAGUU